GGUUUGACUAGGUGGGCUUGAUUGAAACCCCCCUGACAAAAUUACUCGACAAUUUUGUCAAAUUGUAAUACAGGUUGGAACAUUUCACAUCUCAAUCUCGUCGAGUGGUGGCGCGUGAACGACGUCAACCAAAGAUCAGUAUUGGUUCACAUUUAUGUGCCAUCUCUGAAUAUUAAGUCGCCAUUUGUUUGAUGCAUCAAGAUCCCGGAGAGUGGAGCAUUGGUUCACCACGACUCCAACUGGAAGCAUCUCUGGGCUGCACCAGAAAACCCCCGUACAGCUCCCUCGCCAGGUCUCACAGGGAUCCGUGUUUUGCAUCGCUCCUCAAUUUGCAUUUCUUCCUCAGAUUUUCCGUGCGACGGAUUCAGCCGCUCGAAACCAGCGGGCGUUCCACGGCUCUGUAGUACGUGCGCCUCCAUUUCCAAAGCAAUACGCGCAGAGAUAAAACACCUCUGGAUAUUUUGAAUAAUGUUGCCUAAGCUCCACGAGAGGGGAAAUUGAGGACAUUUUGAGUUGACUGUUAUUUCUGUUGCGUACCUACGGAGACAGACACGUGUCUUCGGGGUAAACAGAAAGGGCUAGAUCGUGUCAGCAGAUAGCUUUGUGUUUUUCCUUCACCGCUUUUGUUUGUUAUAGACGACCGGGUUGAAGCUUGGCAACGAGCUUUACAUUACAGUCUGUGCGCCUUGGUGAUUAAGGCGCAUUUGGAGAUGUCGGAAGUGCUGCCUUUCAACGAAGACAAAAUGAGUCAUUAUGGAAAUGAGGGCGAUGAGGGACACCUUUCCUUCACCUGUCGUCUUCAAGACACCAACAACUUCUUCAAUGGAUCUCAGAACAAACGUCCGCCGAAACUCGGACAAAUAGGAAGGAGCAAACGGGUUGUGAUCGAUGAUGAGAAUGGCGGCGACGAAGCACAAAAAAAUGGAACAGAGAAGACCCCGGCGGAGGCUUAGAGCGCUCGGCUCAACACCCCCCAAAUGACACUCUUGACAUUUUUUAAUGGCGAUAUUUACCAGUUUUAAUCCAAAGACACUGUAUAUAAGCACUUUCUCUCAUGUGGCAGCAAGCAGCACUUCCACGCCCUCCUCUCCCAGUCAGUCAUGGCCAUCCGGGUGACACACAAUGGCAGCAGAGGAGACCCCCAGAUGGACCCCCCCAACACACACAGACACUCACACAAACAAAUACACCCUCGAUUGCAGGGUUUCGCCAUAAAUCCAAAAGCAGGAGAAGACAACACGAAGAGGGGAGGGGGGGGUGGACGAGGCGGAGGAAGGCUGUCGAAAUGCAGAAAUCAGGGACAGGAUACAGAAAUAAAUCUAAUAUAAAAACUAAAGCACACAUUUCUCCUAUAUCUUAUCAAUCAAACUUAUGGUACCAUUCUUUCUGCUCUUCAUUUUUAUUGGUGGGCAAAUGAAUAACAGAGUUUGUAAAUAUGGAAAGGGUAGCCCAUAUUUUCUUGCACAAAGUGGGAAGAGGUAAACUGGUUUGUUCUCUGUGUUGAAGACUUUAUUUAUUGAUCCUUUGGAACAUGUCUUUUGCAGUGACUCAAGGCCAGAGGGAGUGUUAUUUUGUAUGUCGAGAAAACUUUGAGUGAAUGGGAGUGACAUUUUUCUUCACUUAACAAUUCUUGAUGUUGCCUGAGUGUUAUUUGUUAUACUUUGCAGCUAAAGAAAUCAUUUAUAUACAGUGUACCUCCCACCUGUUUGUAAGCUUCCCAGGCUUUCACCUGGAUUGGUUGAUACUGUAACUUGACUCUACACAUCCUAUUGAUAAACUAUUUAUAUUGCAUUUAGCAUUAUUGUGUGUGCCAAAUCUCAUGAGGGAGAAUACUGUACCAGAAAAAUUGUUCUUUAUUUGUGCUUUAUACAUUUACUCAUACAUUGUUUUGUUGGGUUGCCAUUUUUUAGGGCUCUUUCUCAAAAACACUGAGAUACCAACUCAUGCAUGGCAAAUACGAAAUCAUGCAUGCACGGCAGAAGUUCUGAAACUCUUGUGUAUUCUUGAAGCACCUCGUAUACAGCUUUGAAUGACAAACCUCGAGAAACAGUCUUAAUUCUGCGUUGUACUGUACGAUUCACACUGAUUUGUACAGUGGCCUAAUAUCUUGUAAUAAAGAUUAUGACAAAGUACUAUUUACUGUUUAAUGUUGAUUGUGGUUUAAAUAAUGAUGUACUAGAUGUUGCUUUUAUUGUUUUUGAAAAGUGUAGCAAAAACAAAAAAUAUAGUUUUGUAUCAAAAAGACAAAGACAAUAGCAAAUAGCUUGGCUGACUUUUGGAUAUGUACUCUCUGUACACAGUUCCCUGUGUUAUUGCAUUGCAUUUCUGGCUUAAAAGAAUGGUCAAUACAAGAAGUAGCAUCACAUUCUUUGGACGGAUCAGAUUUGGAAGGAGAAAGAAAUGAUUCAAUAAUUUGAAAUCUUCACUCUCCGGUUUGUUUUAGGGAGAGACAUGGCUCGGAUGACUGUGCAACAGACUACCAUCUAAGAAAGUAGCUACAGUAUUGCGAUUUAUUCUGUGGGGGGGGAAAAUGUACACUACUGCUUCCCAAUGCAAUAAAUGUCUGUUUGCAUCUGAAA